GCAUGCAGUUAUCCAAGCGUGGAACCCACCCAUCCAUGCGAAGAAAGACAAAAAGCCAAAAGCUGGACAAGACAAGACAGGGCAGACACCCCCACACAUCACACACACACAGUCCCAACUACUCUAUCACCUUCAGCAACUAGCAAUUACACAGAAAGACCUACCCCAAUUGCACCAACUAGCAAUUACAACCCCCACUUCACCGACCACUAUCAUCACCUUCUCAGCAACUAGCAACUAACUACACAAGAAGACCUACCCAUCGAUCGCCGCCGCAUAAACGCAUAAAUAGAUGCGUGCACAUGCACAUCAGCAUGGAGUUAGUCAGGUGGUCAGUCAAGACUCCAACACAUCAGGGCUCCGCAGACGAGUUACACGCACAUGCAGGUACGCACGCACGAAGUCAAGGCAUCAACGCGAUGAGCGAAGCGAUCAACACAUCACCCCUAGUGAAGCACACAACCACUCGGGGUCGGUGUUCCAAUCGUACCGCAGAAUGCCGUUACAGCGGCUCAUGUAGUUUGCCCCGCCACGACAUGGUUUGCCCGGCCAACUAGCAGAUGGAUCACGGGGUGCUCCACAUUGCAGGCUAUCAAAGUAGCAUCUUUGGCAUUGGUAGCUGUCUUCGAAUCUCCCAUUGAACCCAUCCCAAUCACGCCAACAUUCAAUGUAGCCCGGAUCCUGCGUGGAGCACACUUAAGUCAUGUGACGCCCAUACACCCCAGUGCCUCAUCCAUUGCCUACCCUGUAAGGAGAAGGAGAAAGAGAAGGUGUCGUUGGCUGCGUGGGAGCUGCGGUCGUUGUGACUAAGGGGCACAACUUAAUGAGCCCGGGACACGCGCCGCCACAGUACAUUUCCAAGCCGCAGAAGAACGCCGAUGUCACCAACCAGCCGCCUAUGUUAUUCAGCACAUACGCCGUACCCUGCUUAAUGGCACCCCACGUCCAUGUUCCGGCGCGAAUGGCACCAGCGCGGCAGCCAGGGUUUUGGGCACACAGCCUUGCGACGUGAGCGGCUGCAAUGAUGCCCCCUAGGCCAAUCAGCUCGCGUCGCUCGCCAUUGCUGUUGGAGCUGAAGUUGGGAUUAUCGGCAACUACCCAAGUGUUCGCGCCCCUCUCCACCACGACGAUUGGCAUGUCCUCUGACGCACUGGCCACCUCGCUGUCGAGCUGGGCGGCCACCUCGCUUGAGUCGACGGAAGAUAUCUCACCUGAAUGAAGCCACACACAGAGAGAGGGAGAGAGGGAGAGAGGGAGAGACAGGGAGACAAGGGCAUCUUGGCGUGUGUACACGCGAGCUUCGAAUCACCAUGGCCCACUUAGACAUGUCAAACACAAUAUAGGUGACGUGUUCAGCCCCAGCGCACGAGUAGAUGUGCCGCUCGAACUCUCCCAGGGCCUGCUCUCCCGCCUCAAGGCCGCACCGCUCGGUGGGCUUGGUGAUCCUGUCGGUGCGCACGUCGCACAUCGUAGCCCGCUGCUCCUCUGGCCACUGCUUCCGGAAGUCCUCGGUGGUGACACUUCUGGGGCCCGUGGGGCCAAUGUCAGGUGAGUUGUGUAUAUUGCAGCAGAAGUCCUCACUGCACUCCCCGUCCACCAGGGUCACUGCACCUUCAUUGAAAGAACACUCCUACACACACACACACACACACACACAGAGGCAGAAAGAGAGAGAGUUGUGAGCACAAACAAGGCUAGUCCCCGUGCGUCUGUGUGUGUGAGGCCUCUCCUGCUCACCCAUUCAUUGCUGUCUGAUGCCGUCGGCGCAGUUGUGGUCGGCGGCUGAGUCGGCUGAGGUCUGCAUUUGCUCGGGUCCUUCUCCCACCAAUAGCAGCCGCCGCAAUCACACAGCAUGUGCUUCAUCCAACUCGUCGUCAUGUCAUUGUAGACAUUCGUGAGCACAACUCCGGCAACAAUGGUCCCAGUACUUGCCCUGACGGAAGCAGCGUUGCAUGUCGGGUCGUCGGAACAGCGCCCAGCCAUCUCUGUGGCUGAAAUGGGGUCAGAGAAAGCCACCGGCCAGAAUUCGGAGUUGAAGUUGGGGUUGUCGGCCAGAAGCACGGCGCCAUAGCCCUCCACCAUGAUGACAGGCCUGUCCUCUGAUGUCCACGGAUGGACGACGGCCAUCUCUUUGUUCAGCUGCUCGAACAGCAUAUCAAUCUCCUCCUCAGUGAUCGGCCUUGGACGGGGGGGGCUUGGAGAAGGAGGAGGGGGCCUUGCGGGAGCUGCGGUUCCGGCGCACAGCUUGCCCCAGGGGCAGCCUGACGAGGCGCAAAAGCUCUCCACGAGGCACGUUGCGGUUGUUAACGCCACGCCAUCUCGUACAGUCCUCAGCGCCCACACGGUAAGUUCCUCAUUUUCCGAUACGACAGCAGCGCGGCACUUUUCGUUGGCCGCACAGCGCCCAACCAGCACCGUGCUUGUAAUGAUGGCGCCUGAUGUGGCCUCUCCCUCGACCAGCUCGCGUCGUUGGCCGUCGUCGUCGCUCGAGAUGAAAGUGGGGUUGUCGGCCAGAAGCACCAUGUCGUCAGAAGCCACCAUGACGACGGGCAUGUCAUCUGAAGCACUAGCCACCUCUUCCUCGAGCUGGGCAAGAAGAUCGGGAUAUUCGGUCGCGUUGACGGAAGAUACCUCACCUGAAUGAAGCCAUACACAUACAGACGCACACACACAGAGAGAGGAGGGGAGACAGAGGCAUCUUGGCGUGUGCGCACCGAAUCAGCAUGUCUCACUUACAGGUGUCAAACAAGAUCUGCUCCACGUGUUCAGCACUUCUGCACCGCAUGAUCUUCCGCUCGAACUCCCCGGGCGCCUGCUCUCCCGCCUCAAGGCCGCACCGCUCGGUGGGCUUGGUGAUCCUGUCGGUCCGGUAGCCGCAUUCCAUCGCCCACCGCUCCUCUGGGUACAGCUUCAUAAAGUUUAUGGUCGUGUAGCCUCUGGGUAUAGGCCCCGUGGGGCCGAUGUAAAGCGAGUUGUGUAUGUUGCAACAGAACUCCUCAGUGCACUCCCCGUCCACCAGGGUCACUGCACCUUCAUUGAAAGAACACUCCUACACACACACAGAGAGAGACACACCCACGCAGAGAGAGAGAGACUCGUGCAUGCACACAUGGCUGGUCCGUGUGCGUCGUUCUGUGUGAGAGUGAGGCCUCUGUUGCCCACCCAGCUGUAUGGCGCCGUCGGCACAAGUGUGGUUGAGGGAGUAGCUGUGGUUGAGGGAGCAGCUGUGGUCGAGGGAGCAGCUGUGGUGGACAUACGAGUGGUGGGGGUCGGCGGACGAGAGGUGGGCGGGAUUGUGGUCGAAUCGUCCUGCGAUUCCUCGGUGGGCUCAUCGUCGAGCUCACCAUCACCCUGCAGAGACCGACAGAGAGAAAGAGAGAGAGCGACACGGCAUCACACACAUGAAUGGCAACAGUGAGUGGCUCGUGCAUCCCCUACAGUGGAAGGAGUGGUAGGGAUCGCCGUGGGGGAUAUCGUCGGAGGAACGGCACUCGUGCGGGGCUCCUCCUCAAGUGGGCAGCCGCCCUCACACAAGUCGUCGUCCACCCAGCUCAUCGUCAUCUCGAACCCCACCCCCGUCAGCAGCCAUUCGUUUGAUCCGCUGACGAGAGCCGCGCGGCAGUCAGGAUGGUCGUCGCACCGCCUCGCGAUCGCGGCGGCUGUCGUGGUUGUCGAGAGGAACAGCUUGCGUCGCCGCCCGCCACUGAAGUUGGGGUUGUCAGCCAGAAGGACGGCUCCGUUGCCCUCCACCAUCACGAUUGCCAUGUUGCCUGGCGCGAGGGCCAUCUGUUCCUCGAGUUGGUCAAGCAGCACAGCAACCUCCUCAUCGCUGGCGUCGACUACGGCGAAUUCGACGUCGGCUGUUGGCGGGCUGCUCGUGGUGACGAUGGAAGGCGGCCGGCUGGUUGUGGUGGUGGCCACAGGCUCAACUGAACGAACACACACACAUACACAGUGAGCAUCAUUGGCACGGCACACAACCACGACAAUAUCAGAGUGCACUCACCAGGCGAGAUGGUGGUUGUCACAGCAGCAUCGCUCGAGUCGAAGGGCUUCUCGCCACGUAAAGACGGCUUCGCGCCGUCAUUGUUGUCCACCUUGCCGAACAAAUCACUCGCGAACACACCGAAGAAAGCAAGGGCGCCACACCAAAGAGUCACAAGGACAGCGCCGACAACAACCAGGAGAAGGUUCUUACACGAGCGGGAUACCAUCGAGAGAAUAGAUCUCAAACGAAAGAAGACCAGAGAAGAGAAGAGAGUGGAGAUUGACGGUGAAUGAGUUGCCCUUCUCUGGUCCCUGACAGGCCAAACCCUAAAACCCUACGCGAUCAUGAUCGAAACCCAGCCGCUGACCAGCUUUCGUCGUUGCUGUGCCAAUCAGUUGUAAGGUCACCCAUCCUCCCUGCUUGCUGCU